AUGGCGACGUCCCGCGCUGCCCGCGCCCUCCUCCUGCUCCUCCUCUUCUGCCUGCCGGGGCUGCGGCGUGGGGCGCGGGGCGGCGGGCAGCGCCCGCGGGGCUGCCCGGCGCCGUGCCGCUGCGAGCAGGAGGGCAUGCUCCUCCGCGCCGACUGCUCCGACCUGGGGCUCACGGCCGUGCCCGCCAACCUCAGCGUCUUCACCUCCUACCUUGAUCUCAGUAUGAACAACAUUACUAAGCUGCCCUCAAACCCCGUGCACAAUCUCCGCUUCCUGGAAGAGCUACGUCUUGCAGGAAAUGGCUUGACAUACAUUCCUAAGGGAGCAUUUGCCGGCCUUUUCAGUCUUAAAGUGCUGAUGCUGCAGAAUAACCAACUACGCCAGGUUCCUACUGAAGCACUCCAGAACUUGCGCAGCCUGCAGUCUCUACGUCUGGAUGCCAACCACAUCAACUAUGUGCCCCCCAACUGCUUCAAUGGCUUGGUCUCCCUCAGACACCUGUGGCUAGACGAUAAUUCUUUGACAGAAAUUCCUGUCCAAGCUUUUAGAAGUUUACCAGCACUUCAGGCAAUGACAUUGGCACUGAAUAAAAUUCAUUACAUACCAGACUAUGCUUUUGGAAACCUCUCUAGUUUGGUAGUUCUACAUCUCCAUAACAAUAGAAUCUACUCCCUGGGAAAGAAAUGCUUUGAUGGGCUCCACAGCCUAGAGACUUUAGAUUUAAAUUACAACAGUCUGGACGAGUUCCCCACUGCUAUCAGGACACUAACAAACCUAAAAGAACUGGGAUUUCAUAGCAAUAACAUCAAGUCUAUACCUGAGCGUGCAUUUGUGGGUAAUCCAUCACUUAUUACAAUACAUUUUUAUGAUAAUCCUAUCCAGCUUGUGGGAAAAUCUGCUUUUCAGCACUUACCAGAACUCAGAACUCUGACUUUAAAUGGUGCUUCACAGAUAACAGAGUUUCCUGAUCUGACAGGGACUACAAGUCUGGAGAGUUUGACACUCACAGGAGCACAGAUCACCUCGCUCCCCAAAUCAGCUUGUGACCAGUUAUCUAAUCUCCAAGUGCUGGAUCUGUCUUAUAACCUGCUGGAAGAUUUACCCUGUUUUACUGCGUGUAAAAAACUCCAAAAAAUUGACUUGCAUCACAAUGAAAUCAGUGAAAUCAAAGCAGACACGUUUCGGCAGCUGGCUGCUCUUCGGUCUCUGGAUUUAGCUUGGAACAAAAUUAAAAUUAUUCACCCCAAUGCCUUCUCCUCUUUACCAUCUCUGAUCAAACUGGAUGUGUCAUCCAACCUUUUGUCCUCUUUUCCUGUGACGGGGCUACAUGGUUUAACUCAUUUAAAAUUAACAGGAAAUCAUGCCCUACAAAGUUUGAUAUCAUCUGAAAAUUUUCCAGAACUCAAGGUCAUGGAAAUGCCUUAUGCUUAUCAGUGCUGUGCCUUUGGAGCUUGUGAGAGCCACUACAAAAUCUCCAGCCAAUGGAACAAAGAUGAGAAUAGCAGCAUUGACGAUCUUCACAGGAAGGAUGCUGGAUUGUUACAAAUUCAAGAUGAGCGUGACUUUGAAGAUUUUUUUCUUGACUUUGAAGAAGAUUUGAAAGCUCAUCAUUCAGUGCAAUGCUCACCUUCUCCAGGUCCCUUCAAACCAUGUGACCAUCUGUUUGGUAGCUGGCUGAUCAGAAUUGGAGUGUGGACCAUAGUGGGUUUGACCUUUAUUUGCAAUGCACUGGUGUCUGCUACAGUGUUCAGAUCUCCAUUGUAUAUGUCCUCCAUAAAACUUUUGAUUGGUUUAAUAGCUAUUGUAAAUGCCUUGAUGGGUCUGGCCAGCGGAGUACUGGCUAGCGUGGAUGCCUCAACUUUUGGUAGCUUUGCUCAGUACGGAGCAUGGUGGGAAAGUGGAACUGGUUGCCAAAUAACUGGCCUUCUCUCUAUAUUUGCUUCAGAGGCUUCCAUUUUCCUCCUUACCCUAGCUGCACUUGAGCGUGCAUUCUCUGUAAAGCACGCUACAAAGUUUGAAACAAAAUCCUCCAUUGCUAGUGUAAAAAUUGCCAUUUUCUUUUGCUUUAUGGUGGCACUAAUCAUUGCAGUGAUACCACUCCUCACUGGGAGUGAGUAUGGGGUUUCUCCGCUUUGUUUACCACUACCAUUUGGAGAACCCACUGCUAUGGGCUACAUGGUAGCACUGGUAUUGCUGAACUCCCUUUGUUUUCUGGUAAUGACUAUUGCUUAUACAAAGCUCUACUGUAGUUUAGAGAAGGGAGAACUAGACAACAUUUGGGAUUGCUCUAUGGUCAAACAUAUAGCCUUGCUACUUUUUACUAAUUGCAUUCUUUAUUGCCCUGUGGCCUUCUUAUCUUUUUCCUCCUUACUAAACCUCACUUUUAUCAGCCCAGAAGUGAUUAAGUCAAUACUGCUAGUGAUUGUCCCACUGCCUGCAUGUCUAAACCCACUCCUUUAUAUACUUUUCAAUCCACACUUUAAGGAGGACUUGGGAAGUCUGCGAAAGCAAACUUUGUUAUGGAGGAGAUCAAAACAUGCUAGUCUGAUCUCUGUGAAUUCAGAAGACAUAGAAAAACAAUCUUGUGACUCAACACAAGCAUUGGUAACCUUCACAAGUGCCAGCAUAUCAUAUGAUAUGCCUACCAGCAAUUCACUAAUGCCAUCAUCUUAUCAGAUGACAGAAAGCUGCAAUCUUUCAUCAGUCGCAUUUGUUCCAUGUCGCUAGUUUCAGUGGCAGUACAGAAAAUAUCUAUGUUUACAAAAUUUUUAA